AUUUGCUUCGUUUUCGAAAUGUUGAGAAGUAGCAACCUAAAUAGUGUAAUCAAUCAACUGGAUGUUGAUCGCGCUGUCAGCAGCGUUGGAAUAGCUGAUGAGCAGGCCACAAAUAACAAUAAUGACAUCGUACAAACUGUUGCUGGUGAGAAUGAAUGCAGCCUGGCAGCUUUACAGUUAUCCUAUGGCCUACUUCAAAUUGCCGAGCCUCCGUUAGCGCGCGCUCGAGGGCAGCUCAAGGAGUUGAUCGGCAAGCAAAACAAAAUCUACAUAGACUUAUCCAAAGAAAAAUACAAACUGGAUUGCAGUGAAGUGGCAAAAUUAAAUGAAAUGAUGAACGAUGUGCGACGUUAUAAAGAGAAACUGGCGAAAAUCAAGAAGGAAAUGCAGAAUAUCUACCAGCGUACAAAAGUGUUGAAGAAACGAGCGGCAAAUGUGGCGACAUGCAAGCAGCGCGAUUAUCAGCGCAAACUUGAGAGGCAACAGCACGAGGAAUCGCUGAUCGGGAACCAUUAGCCAUUAGCUGAUUGGCUUUACGUCUAAGCACUUCAUUUAAUUCAUUAAUUACGAAAAACGAAAAAAAAAACAUUUGGGAUUUUUCCUUUGGUAACGGGAACAAAGAAAUUAAUAUCUAAGAGCUAAAUAUAAACGUAACAUUUUGUAUAGAUUUCUUACUAUAACU